AUGUCCAGCCGGACGUUGGUAUCGGAAAAUGACGCGAGGCACGCUGCCUUCGACAAGAUUCUCCAUGGCGCAUCGUCCGAGUCCCGCGGCGGCUUGCGUGCCAUGAUGGGCAAGGACCGAGGCGCCAACGAGGCGGCCGUGAAGGAGUAUUUCCAACACUGGGACAACAACAAGGCCCAGGACGAGACCGAGGCCGUCCGCCAGGCUCGAGCCGACGACUACGCUAGCCUGACUAGACAGUACUACAACAUCGCGACGGAUUUUUACGAAAACGCCUGGGGCGAGUCGUUCCACUUUUGCCGCUUCGCGCACGGCGAGGCAUUCCCCCAGGCGAUCGCCCGGCACGAGCACCUCCUCGCCGCCCACGUCGGCCUCAGGAAGGGCAUGAAGGUGCUGGACGUCGGCUGCGGCGUGGGCGGCCCGGCGCGCGAGAUGGUCAAGUUUGCCGGAUGCCACGUCACCGGGCUCAACAUCAAUGAGUACCAGGUCCAGCGGGCCAAGUCGUAUGCCGAGAAGGAAGGACUGGCCGAGAGGCUGGAUUUCGUCCAAGGGGACUUUAUGAAAAUGCCGUUUCCGGAUGACUCCUUUGACGCCGUGUACGUGAUUGAAGCGACGUGCCAUGCGCCCUCGCUCGUUGGCGUAUACCGCGAGAUCAACCGCGUUCUCAAACCGGGCGGCAUGUUUGGCGUCUACGAAUGGCUCAUGACGGAGGCUUAUGAUAACGAGGACCUUGAGCAUUGCCGAAUCAGACUUGAUAUUGAACAGGGAGACGGUAUCCCCCAGAUGUUUGGGGUACGCGAGGGACUGGCGGCUAUAAGGGAGGCCGGCUUCGACCUGGUCUACCAUGAGGACCUCGCGGCCACGGACAGCGGUCCCGCGCCGUGGUACUGGCCGCUCGGGUCAGACCUGAGCUACGCGCAGAAUCUUUGGGAUGCGCUGACCGUCUUGAGAAUGAACCGCUGGGGGAGGGUGGUGGCGCAUGCGUUUUUGCAAGCCCUUGAGAUGGCGAGGAUUGUGCCGUCUGGCACAAAGAAGACGGCCGAGAGUCUGGGCAGGGCGGCCGACGCCUUGGUCGAGGGCGGGAAAAGGAAGUUGUUCACUCCCAUGUAUCUGAUGGUUGGGAAGAAGCCAGAGGUGGCUUGA